UCUCCUUGUGAUAGGCCGUUUUGUUUGACAGUGUAAGGAUGCAGGGAAUUUGGACUAAGUAGUCGUCGCAUGUAGCAUGUCUCCAGGAUCCUGAUGGUGUUCAGCUGUAUACCAAAGUUGGCACUGUCAGGAAAGGUGGUGUGGUGUUGCCGAAGUACCGUUGUGCCAGAUGUUCCACUUCACUGGAGAGCUUUCAUCUUCACCUGAACAGGUUUAUUCCAGGUACUCUUGCAAGCGAUGUAAACUUCCAGGAUUACAUGCUGGAUGGUAUAUAUCGCUGGAACCAGGACAGACACAGAGUGACAACAACUCAGCGGAUGGUAGUCUGCGCCACUCUGUCAACCGUCUAUCACAGGAAAUCCUGGGGAAAGACUUGAGUCCAAACUCAGCAGUCCCUGGAAGGUACACAGGUGAACUCAUCUGCUUGGAAUAUUUAUAUUCUCAGUCAACUGGUGUCCCUGUACAAUACCUGGCGACAGUCAGAUCUAUUGAGGAUACCAUGGAGGAUGAGGAGGAUGUUUCAUGA